CAUUCACGCGGAUCGGUCGUGUCGCUAUCAUGCCGCCUUGAACGCGCGUUUCGUAAAGUAAAGACCAGGGAAAUUUCCUCUAAAUACUGUGUUUAAUGCAAGUAAACGUGCGAAUAUGACAAAAGUGUGAUACAUUGACGGAAAGUGAAAUUACCUGUGACAAAAGUUGUUAAGUGAAGUGAAUUUACAUGUGACAGGAGAUAACGAGUGAUAUGACAAUGCGGCGAGCCUUGCUUGAUGGCAGGCAGGGAUCUGUCGACGGAAACAGUAGUGUUAACGACAAGGAGUUGGUACACAAGUGUCAUAGUGAUCCAGGUGGAGGGAGGGCUCUCGGGGCACCCAGGGCUCAGAGGCACCGCUCAAUGUCUGGUGCCCUGAGGAAAUGCGUCUUAACCCUGGAUGGAUACUCGUACGUUAUAGAACAAGGCGCGCUGACGAUAGUCCGUAGAUCGUCAAGCAAAUCCAAGCCAGAGUCCUCACCUCCCACCGACGAGCAGUUGGACCAACUAGAUUUGGACACUGAGCACUUGCCCGCCGUCGACACGCCCGAUGCAUGCGAUAAAGCCGCUCUUAGAUUACGUUAUCUCCUAAGACAAAUAAAUAGAGGUGAAAUACCCGUUGAAACUCUACAAAAGAACAUUCAGUAUGCUGCUAAAGUGCUAGAAGCAGUAUACAUAGAUGAAACGAAGCGUCUGGCAGAUGAAGACGAUGAGUUGUCUGAGGUACAACCGGACGCGGUGCCACCGGAAGUGCGAGAGUGGCUCGCGUCUACAUUCACACGGCAGCUGGCAACGGCGAAGCGAAAGUCGGAUGAAAAACCUAAGUUCAGAUCUGUGGCGCACGCGAUUAGAGCGGGGAUUUUCGUGGAUAGAAUCUAUAGGCGGGUUACAAGUACUGCCUUGAUGCAAUUUCCUCAAGAUGUUGUUAGAGUAUUAAAGACAUUAGAUGAAUGGUCCUUUGAUGUUUUCGCAUUACACGACGCGUCCGCCGGAUAUCCAGUCAAGUAUCUUGGAUAUGAACUACUCAACCGAUAUGGGAUGAUACAUAAGUUUAAAGUUCAACCUCCAACGUUGGAAAACUUUCUCAGUAGGAUAGAGGAGGGUUACUGCAAGUUUCAUAAUCCGUACCACAACAACCUUCAUGCAGCUGAUGUAGCUCAAACCGUGCAUUAUAUGCUGUGUCAGACUGGCCUCAUGAACUGGCUAUCAGACUUAGAGAUAUUCGCAACGUUGGUGGCAGCGAUCGUCCAUGACUUUGAACAUACAGGCACAACAAACAACUUCCACGUAAUGUCGGGGUCUGAUACAGCACUACUAUACAACGACAGAGCUGUACUAGAAAACCACCACAUAAGCGCAGCAUUCAGAUUGUUGAAAGAGGAAGAAAACAAUAUUCUUCUCAACCUAUCGCGGGAUGAGUUCCGAGAGUUCCGAACAUUGGUGAUAGAUAUGGUUCUGGCCACAGAUAUGUCAUUCCAUUUCCAACAGCUGAAGAACAUGAGGUCUCUGAUAACCCUGGCUGAACCUACCGUGGACAAAUCCAAGGCAGUCUCUCUUGUUCUACAUUGUUGUGAUAUCUCACACCCGGCUAAGAGAUGGGAUCUUCAUCAUAGAUGGACGAUGAGUCUUCUAGAUGAAUUCUUCCUCCAGGGAGACAAAGAAAGAGAACUGGGCCUUCCAUUCAGUCCACUCUGUGAUAGGAACAACACACUAGUCGCUGAAUCUCAAAUCGGUUUUAUAGACUUUAUUGUGGAGCCAAGUUUGGGCGUAUGCGCAGAUAUGUUGGAAUGCAUCCUAGGCCCUCUGCAUUCGAAUACUAAGAACACGACCAGUACCAGCCAAGGUGCCCAUGGCCAGGAUAAUGCUAGCGCUGAGGUGACAAAAUUAAAAAUAAAGAAACCAUGGGUGACUUGCCUUAUGGACAAUAAAAAGAUUUGGAAAGAGCAAGCCGCGAAAGAUGCAGAAGACCGGGCUAAACUGGAAGAGGAGACGAACGGGGCACCGCCGCAACCACCAGCUGAAUAAUAUUUAGCCAACCUUGUAAAUAGUGUUAAGCACAGCUGUUCCCAUAUGCUACAUUCGCUCUUCAACAAAGACACUCCAUAGAUCCAUUAAGAUCGUUAUUAAAGUGUUUAUAAUUUUCUUAUUACGUUCAACAUUGAAGCUAUGUUUUCAUAUUGUCCGCAAUUCAUUUCGUAUAAUGAAACUUGGCAACUUCGUGCGUAAAACGAAACGUUUGUGGGUUUCAAAAAAAGGCAACUCAUAUAAACAGACCCUAAGAAAGCAAUAUCGGAUCCACAUCCACUAUGGAAGUUAGAGAAAGCCGGCUGCAUUCAAUCUCGAGGAAAUAACAGUUUCUGUUUGGCAGACACAAAAAAUCUAUGGCGCCAUAAACCUAUGCCUAUUUCUGUAUAUCAUCCUAAUUUUUGUCAUAGUAAUAAAGCAUACAGUAUUGUAUUCGCUUAAGUUGGUAAUAUGAGUCUUUGACAAUUCUUUAAUAGCUCUCUUAAUAAUGUAAUGAUCAGAAACGCAUACGCAGCUUUAAUAAUAUCAUAUCCUUAUCUUGUGUAUUUACAAAUGAAUCUUACAAGAGUCUUUCACUACUACUCUACUUUUUACUGAAGAUUACAGUUCAUUUGUGAAGACAUGCCAGUAUAACUUACUGAUCAUAUAGAAAAAAAGGAAGAUAAAACAAAUAUUGGACUUUGACAUAUUAUGACAUAUGGGUCAUAGCUUGCGCUCAAUUUUGUUUUCUGAAUCUCACAUCACCAAUUUAGCUAAUAUUUUGUUUGUCUCUUUCUGUUAAAAUAGGUUUAAACUGUGCCGUAGAACAGAUAAUUAAAGCAGUUGAUCUAUUUAAUAAUAAGCAAGUUCAAUAUUUUAAUUUGACAGUGUCAAUAGUAAUUUAAUUUUGUAACAAUGACCUAAAUCUAUUUUAAUAUACCUUAGAUCUUCUGUAACAAAAUUAGAUAUUAAGCAGGCAAAAAUAUAGUAAAUAAAAUACUUCAAUAUGUAAAUUUUUGGAAGACAGCGUAGUGAGUUACAUUCGAAUAGGCGAUAUCCCGCUGAGCGGGUUAUCUAGAAAUAACAUUUGUAUAUACAUUUAUUUAUUUUACCUGUUAAUUACUUUAUCCUCAAAACCUUUUUAAAGUGAAAAAGGUCAAUAUCAAACGAUUUUUGACGGAUCUGCUUGUGCGUCACCCCAUUCAAAUAUUGACUUGCACUUCAACAGCGACGUUACAAGAGUUACAGAUCGUUUACCUGUUUCAUGGCUCGUCAAUCUCAGGUCAUUUUAUAACCCGGGAAUAUGACAGAUAAUAAUAUAAUUUAUAAUCUGUUUAAAUUAGUAUUUGACACUCUCUUAAUCUAGGAGUUAUCUUUCCUCAACCCUUACCCGUAGGUACCUAAAUUGUCUACAUAAAUAAAAUAUCUAUAAAUGUGCAUAAAUAUUAUUUCAUUGCGAUUUUGAAUGUAUAGUUAUAAAAUUAUUCUGAUAUAAGUGCUAACUUAUUGACUACCUUUAUAAUAAUUAAAAGAUAAUUGUAGAUACAAAUAAGGAUAGACAUAAUUAUUUAUUAUUUGUACAGAUUUUUCAUUCGAGCAGGCCUCGUAUGUUUUUGUAGAAAACGUUUUUUUGCAUGUAAAUAAUAUUAUUUUUAGUAUGUAUAUAACAAUUUUAAAUAGAAUUUGUUUAUUUAAUUUUAACAUAAGCUAUAUAAUUCCAAAUAUGAAUUCUGUGUGUAUAUGGAUUUUCAUGCUAUUAAGGAUAGAUUAUACCACGCUUCUUAUCUCAAAAUAUAUAAAUGUACAUUAUAUUUCUGACAAUUGACAGUCAACUAUAGCUGUUAAUUAAAAUUUAAAUAAAUCAUAGAUAUUAUUAAUAGUGUCUUAGUUAUACAUGUAAUAACUAAUUGACAAGGCGGUUUUAGACGUAUUUUCUUUAAAUCAUAAAUCCACUAUAGUUAUAUUAAAUGUAGCCUUCAAACCUUUUUAUGUUUGUAUAGCACAGAAAGUUGAAAAUCUAAUUGCGUUGUAAGUACUUUAAACACGUUUCGCAACGCUAUAGAUUCCUAACGAAAUAUUUAUGGAACCCGCCAUUUUAACAAUUUGUUUUCUUUAUUAAUAUUACUAAAUAUAUUCCAAAAGUACUAUAAAUUACGAAUAACGUUUAAUGUAAAUGUUUAAUGUAAGAGCUAUUGUAAUAUAGAAUCGCUGGUUUCGGAGCAACUUUACGUAUAGUGUCUAUUAUUCGUUAAGUAGAUAUUAAUUCAUAUAAUACGCUUAUUAAUUUUAAUAUUUCUGAUUGGAAUGGCUAAAACUCGACCAAACAAUAUUUUCUAAAAUAUACCUGUUUCAUGCCAGAUAAAAAUAUAUUAUUAGACGUGGAAAUACAAAUGUCAUUCGCGUUUUUAAUUUAUUUAUAAUAAGAGCAAAAAUAAUUAUAUUUAUACCCCGAUAUUUAUAAAAUAUAAUGCAUAUUGUGAGGUUUGGUAUAGAAAUAAUUUUGUAGCCGAUUUUGAAAUGCCAAUAUUUUACGUCAACUAAUAUGUCAUUGAUUUUAUUACACAAAAUCAACGAACGGUUAAUACGGAACAUAAUAACGAAAUGGAGACGCCUCUACAAAAAAAUGUUUCUACAACUAAAACUAACUUCUAUACAUACUUAGCAAUGACGACAGUAAUCUCAAACCUCGUUUAACUAAAAAAGCUUACAGAACAUUUAUGAAUAAUUCUUUAGUUUCCUGUUAACGGAAACCGCGUUUCUAUAAAGAUCUUUCCGCGGACCCACCCUUUUAGUAUUUUCAUUGCAUUGAGUAUUAUUUUACAAGUAUUUAAAAUGUGGGACCAUGCCUUUUAAAUAUCAGAAAAACUCCAUAAUCAUAUUAGGUCCCAAAAGUCGGGGAAUGUAAGGGUAGAAUUAAUCCAACUGGUGACGCUUAUCGUAGAUGAAAUAUACAAUAGAUCUUUUAAUAUAUAUUUACUAUAUUAGACACAUAGAGUAAGUAAUAGGUAGUGGACAGUAUGUGUACAUGAGCGCCAUUUUAUUCGGGAUAUAGCUUUAUAAAGUAGAAUUAGAUUCAUACUCUUGAACAGAAAUUUAUUUGAAAUUCCUAACUAAGAGUUGUACUCAGUGUUUAUUUUAAAUAGAUGUAGCACAGAAAUAGUAUAGUCUUAAUAUAAGUCAUACGUUAUACCUAAUAAUAAUCACUCUGUAUUAAUUUUUGAAAAUUGAAACAUUUAACGCCUGCAUAAAAAACACGCGCAAUUGUUCCCUUAUUCACUUUCCUAAAUUAUCAAUGUAUUACCUAGCAAUAUAUUUUUUUAAGACGUAAUUGAUUAUUUCCGAUAUUAAGUGCCUAUUUUAUUUAUACCCUUUUCUAUGUAAAAAGCCUGAAUAUUUAAUGUAAUUUUUUAUUCCUUUUCUAUUAUGUAUAUAAGUAGAACACUGAAAUGUAAAACAUGGAAAAUGAAAUAAAGAAUUUCGUAGAAA